UUUCUGCGACCCAUUGAGUGUGCUGGCAAAGUUCUCCCUGAAACCUCAACCAUCAGCCAGUCAGCUCCAACGAACCAAAUCCUCAAGAAGAACAAAAGACAAAAGCCAUGUCUCGCUACUUCCCCCACACGGCCUACGCAGAAGACCAGCCCCUCGCCGGCACGAUCCUCACAGUCCACGUCCUCACGCGCGGCUACACAACCGGCACCGUAGUGGGUCUCGGUAUCGCGGCCGCAAGUGGAGUCGCCAGCCGGAUCCGCGGCACAAAGCCCGUGCCAGCCGCCGCCGUCGCAGCCGCCCCGUUCCCCACAUCAGCAACAACAGCAUCCAUAGCAACGGCAGCACUCCGAUCGUCAGGACUGCACACCUUCCUACGUAAAUCAGGCACAGCCAGCGCCAUUGGCCUAGGCUUCACCGGCGUCACCAUGCUGGCGAGGAUGUACGGCCGCGAAGACAUUGAGUGGCGCGAUCGCGCGUGGAGGCUGAUGGAGAGCCGGAGCCAGCUGGAAGUGGACGAUUGGACGUACAGUGGUGCGGCGGCGGGCGUUGCGUCCCUUGGGAUUGCGAGGGCGGCGGGGGUGAAGGGGAGUGCGCUUGGUGUGAGAGCUGUUGGUGGUGCGGCUGGUCUGGGGAGUCUUGCGGGUACUGUUGGAUAUAUGGUUUGGAGGUAUGGUGUGCAUGGGGGAAAGUAUCCCGAAUAUGUUGGUCCGGAGGCUGCGCUGUCGAGGGUUUGAUGUGCUUGUGGUUUGAAGAUUGCCGUGAGGCUUGUACUUUAGAUAGAUCAAUACCCCAAUGGCUUUGCUUACCUCGACUGCGCCGCAACGUCUUGGCAAUGCGUGUCGCCGUUUGAAGGGCGGCCGCCUGACUUUUUGUUAUGGCGGACAACUUCGAUUGGUUCGCUGCCGACGUGCAUGUUUCUGUUCGGGAGGACUCCGCCUUGAAGCAAGUUGGAGGAAGCCAACUGAUGAAGGGUUCGGUGGGGUCCACAGCGUCUGAGGGACGAUCCCCCUUGGCUAGCAGUUUGUAAGC